UGCGCAGACAGAUGCGCAAUGACGUCAUCCUUCACUGUAUUGGAAAACCAAAUUACGGAGGCCUAUUACGAACAAGAUAACUUUUUCACGAGAUAAUCAAAACAAAACUUAUCAAACAUAGACCAGGAUUUAUAUAAAACCAGUAGUCCAAACUUCUCACUAGUACAGACACAAUGGCAAAUAACAAUAACCAUGAAGAUCCAAUGGAGUGUCCCCUGUGUAUGGAAGCAUUAGAAAUGGAUGAUGUCAAUUUUUUCCCUUGCACAUGUGGAUACCAGAUUUGUCGUUUCUGUUGGCAUCGUAUCCGUACUGAUGAGAAUGGUUUGUGUCCUGCAUGUAGAAAACCAUAUCCUGAACACCCAGCAGAUUUCAAACCUUUAUCAGAGGAGGAACUACAAAAGAUAAAGAAUGAAAAGAAACAGAAAGACAUGCAACGAAAGCAGAAAAUUUCAGAGAAUAGAAAACAUUUGGCUAGUGUCAGAGUGGUACAGAAAAACCUUGUGUUCGUUGUUGGUUUGUCACAGAGACUUGCAGAUCCAGAGAUUUUGAAAAAACAUGAAUACUUUGGUAAAUUUGGUAAGAUCGUUAAAGUGGUUAUUAAUCAGAGUACAUCAUAUGCAGGCUCACAGGGACCUAGUGCAAGCGCAUACGUGACAUACCAGAAGUCAGAAGACGCUCUGAAAGCCAUACAGGCUGUCAACAAUGUCUUUGUAGAUGGUAGAACAUUGAAAGCAUCCUUGGGUACUACAAAAUACUGCAGCCACUUCUUAAAAAAUGCCCAGUGUCCAAAACCAGACUGUAUGUAUUUACAUGAACUUGGUGACGAAGCCGCCAGCUUUACAAAAGAAGACAUGCAAUUAGGCAAGCAUCAAGAUUACGAAAGAAAAUUAUUAGAACAAUUAUUUGGUGGAGGGGUAACUUCUACAAAUGAUGGACAUACUGCGCCUAGGCUGAACACAACAAGCAGGAAAGCUCCUUCACCACCAAUAGCAAACACAAAUAAAGAGGCAUGGCCUUCAUUACAAAAAUCAACAGAGACAAAUAAACAGCCGCCUUCUCCUCCACAUCCUCAACUACCACAAGAAAUGUCUCCUACGUUGGUGCCAAAUGACAUAGACGAUAUAAACCACACAGUAACAGUGGGUUCGCCACCCUGUAAUCAUCAGUUACCUAGCCCUCGGGGAGAUCUUCAUAUUACCACAAAUGGUAUCGCAACAACAAAUGGAAUACGAACAACAAAUGGUAUUCUAACAACAAAUGAUACACUCCUCACAACACAGAUUCCACCGACGGUGGAACCUUUAGCCAGAUCUAUAGAACAGAGGAUAUCUCCAUUUAAUGGUUUACAUACAGACAACUCUUCAUCCUUAUUUUCGAACACUUUUAUGCCUCCACUCAGGCCAGUACCGCCACCGCCAGUUAGUGUGCCAAAUGCUAAUACGUUGCCGACAACGAACGACUGGCAAGAUAGUAUGUUCGGCAAUGACACAUUACCUAUCAGUAGCUCUACGAAUUGGCAAGAAGCAUUUGGUUUUACUUCAAUAAAAGAUAAACAAGAAGAUGAAUUAGGGUUUGACCCCUGGGAUGAAUCUUCUAAAGGUUUAGCAGAAAUUAUGGAAAAAGAGCUUCAGCUAAAUUCAACAGAAAACAACAGAGCAUCUCCAGAACCAGACAGAACACAACCUCCACCUGGAUUUAAUAAUCAUGUUGAUGCUUUUCAAUCUGCUCCCACGCCUGUUCCUUCACAGAGACCACCAUAUAGGCCAGAUUUAGUAGGAAGUAAAAUGAUGUCAUGGAUGCCACACACAUACACACAGCCUUCCAAUUCAGUGCAGCAUUCAUCAGAGCCUAGAACAGUAAAAGAUUGGCAAGAUGGUCUCAGGGCUCUCCUUCCCAACAUAAAUAUCAGCUUUGGCCAACAGGGUCUGUCAGUUCCUCCACAAAAAGAUAAUUGGAAUUCAGCCAGUAAUCAAUCAAAUUGGCCCACAUCAGAUCCUGCAAUUAUUACAAGUAUUACAGUGUCUUCAGCUCCUUCAACAUCUUACACAAAUGCUAACUCAGACAGAGAAAGUAAUUUAUCAGAAAGUCCACCACACUGGAUGAAAUCAUUACAUACAUUGACAGAAGUUGAUUCGCCUACACACAUAAACAACUUUUAUCCAGCACACAUCGGCAGAGCUGGUAGCUGGUUUUCACAACAGCCCCCUCCGCCAGGAUUUCCAACAUCAACAGCAGGUGUACACAGCCCUACAGAGCCACAACAGUCCCUUUGAACAAUGUGUAGCUUUACAUUACAUACCUACACAUGCACUGUGAGGCCACACUUGUAUGAACUUAAACCAAUCAUUUACUAGCUUGUUUCACAUCCAGUAACCGCAAUGACAGAGCUAAGUUCGCUACUCCAUUCACACAGGUUGCUCUUGUCUUUCCUCUAUAUUGCAUGCGUAAGGUCUUGCUUCCCUACUUCUUUUUUAUAUGUGAACAUUUCCCUGGUGAGAUAGACCACUGGCUGAACUAUACUAACUUGUGUGGUUUUCAUGGCUAAACUAAAACGAAUAUAUAUUUGAUUUUCGACAACGUUUGAUUAUUUUAAAGCUUGACAACAUUUUUAGUUUGACUACACAUCGGUGUAACAACGGCUAAAAAAACAGAAUCACUUGUAAUUAUAUAACAUGCAUGAUUAGAUUAGUCCGUGAGUAAAGACUGCAGCAAGAAAUUCAACUCAGUCAACUUGGAUGAUUGAUAUCGACAGUCCUAUUUAGUCGAAAAACCUUGUGUGAACAUUUAAUGUGGUUUCUCACCAGUGGAAGUGGUCUGUUUGCCUAAUUUAUUCAACAUAGUUAACAUAUUAUAACUCCGAAAUACAAAUAAUUCAAGAGAAACAGACAUACUAAUAACUUCUCUUAUAUUUGUCUUUGGGCUCUCAAAAAUAAAUAUCUGCUUGAUGCUGUGUUCUUGCUUCCACAGUAGUGCAAAGUAGCAUUCAUGGGAAGGUUGGUUGAUUUUCUUGCUGAAAAAAAGUGGUGCCACACUCGCCUUCCACAGCAUCUCUGCUGACAUUUAAAUAUUAAUCAAGGUAUAACUGUUGACACUGAGCUCUCAACCUAUUUUUAAAAUGACUACAAACACAGUGUAGUGAUUUGGUGAUUGUUGUUGUUGUGGGAAGCAUUAAUUCAGAGCAAACAAUUCUAUUUAAAAAGAAACAAAUAAUAUUUAUGUCACUGCUGACAUAUUGGGGAGCAUGUAAUGCCAAUAAAAGAAUCUCAACUGUCGAAAAGCA